AUGUCCGCAUCUAAUACAACGAUAUCUUCUGACAUCAAUGGUAUUUACCAACGACUAGCUGUAUUCGUUCAAUUUUAUGCUAUCUGCCUCUUCUUUUUUGGUGCAGUAGGUAAUACGUUGAGUAUCUAUGUUUUGACUCGUCCUACAUUUCGUUCAAAUUCCUGCGCAUGUUAUUUAUUGGCAUCUACUCUGUCUGGUUGUGGUUCGGUCUAUAUUAAUAUCCCAUUGCGAUUACUUCAGCAAGGCUAUGGUAUUGAUGCACACGCAUAUUCGAUUCCAGUAUGUCAAUUUCUAAACUAUAUUCAGAUAUGUAUCAGAGCAUUACCAAUUUGGUUUGUUGUUCUAGCUUCCAUUGAUCGCUCAUCAUCUGUCACUCUUCGUGGAUGGAGUAACAUACGCGUUGCCUAUCGUGUCAUUCCUAUUACAGUUGUGUUCGUUUUUCUUAUUUACAUCCAUGAACCGUUCAACGUUACACUUGUGUUACCACAGAGAAUGUGUUUAUUUGCAACAAGUACAUAUCGAUUAUUUUUUGGUAUAUGGGACUUAAUUUUCUGGAGUUCGAUCCCAACUAGCUGUAUGCUUUGCUUUGGUUUGCUAACUAUUCGACAUAUUCGACAAGGAAUGAGAAGAGUACAAGCUCUCAAUACUCAAAAUCAUUCUCGACGGAGACAAAGUAAAACAGACCACCAGUUAAUUCAAAUGUUACUUAUUCAAUCUUUUGUACUUUGUUCGACAACAAUUGUUCUUUCAAUUGGUAAUCUUUACAUUUCAAUAACAAGCAUAAACAUGGUAAAAACUGCUUUACAAACAGCCGAAGACACCUAUCUCUUAAUUGUCUUGAAUUGGGUAGCUACUGCUGGUCCAUGUAUGAAUUUUUAUCUGUUUAUAUUAUCGAGCCAAUUAUUUCGUCAUGAACUUAUUAAUUUAUUACGGUGGCGACAACCGGUACUGCAAGUUAAUUAG